AUGAGUAACUGCAGAAACCACAGGGAGAGGGUGUGUUGAUCUUCUCAUUGAGUAAUAAAGUGACGCUUGCCUGCAGUCUCAGUGUUCGACGAGCUUUUCAUGAGGUGGUGCCCAUCGCGUACUCUCUGACCUUCAACUUUAAAUUUCUUAAGGUGGUUCUUUGCAGAUGAGCUGUCUGGCACUGAGACAGUAUUGUCUUCUGUUGUCAUGAGCUCCAUCAGCAACUUGUCUCUUCUGCUCAUUUGUCAGUACAUGUUCAUAGGAGUGCAUCCUGUGGGAUCAGCUGAUCCUGGCAGCAGUACCAGCCUGUGGGGCAAGAAGCUGAAGUUCGGAGGCCCUCCCUGUCUGUGGCAACUUCAACCACAUGUUGUUAUCCCAGCCCUGAAGGAGCUCAGUGUAUGCGUGUCUUUGAAGCGCAAUUACACAACGGAAUGGCGAGCGUUUGUCUACAAAGCUUCAAAAAACGCCCACAUUGAGCUGGGGCUCGGGGGCGCAGGCCCACAAAUUACAGUGUGGAUGUUUGGGCGGCAGUGGCACUUCCUCAAGUGGCUGAAGCUGGAUGAGUGGUACUCCAUCUGUCUGACCUGGUCCAGCAGAGCUCGGCGGCUCAGAGUCUACAUCAAUGGACUGGUCCAGCUGGAGUCACCCCUGUACCCCUCUCUCCCUCUUCAGCUGGCUGAAAGCGGCACUCUCACUCUGGGGAUGUCUCAUUAUGUUGCUCCUAAUAACCAGGUGAGACCAGAAAGUGGGAGUAAUCUGCUGGGUGAGAUUGGUCUGUUCAGAAUGUGGAGCACGGAGUGGAGUGCUGCAGAGCUGUGGGGCUUGGGCUGCGCUGACGGGGACGUGGUGGGCUGGGAUCAGCGGCAGUGGAAGAACACCUGCCCUCCUGAACCCGACCACAACCUCCACUGCCUAUGGUCCCAUUACAAGAUCAAAAUGUGGGUCUCCAUACUUGAUACCGCAAACCGUGGAAACUGCUCACUGCCACUGGAGGAAAUUACAAGAAACUGGUUAAAAAGGAUUUUUCCUUCAAUCAUUUCAAUCCAGAACCUUUCUGUGUCACUCCCAAGACAAAACUGCCCCCUUGGUUUUAAUUCUACUGACUUGCAUGAACAAACUCAGUCUCUGGAGGAAUUAUCAACUUCCUCCUGUCGUUCAUGUUUCAGAUGUGAGGUCUAUGUGAAAGUGGAGCCACCAGCCAGUGUGGAAGUGGUGCAGAGAAACAUGACUGCAUUACUAAGGUCAACGUUCCCUUACAACCUCUUCCACCUUAGAGUUGACCCAAACAGCAUCACUGUUCUGUCUGUGGGUGACUUUUCUCUGGAAACAGAACAUACACCGACUAUGCGACCAAAUCAGUCAGUUACAGGAACAAGUGUGUCACUGCUGCCCAAUAGCACAUGCGCUACCAAGGAUGAACUACGCAAGCAAAAUAGUUCAUUGGUUCAAUCAGACCAAUUUUUUCGAGUCAAUUUGACUUUAAAUAUGUCGGGUAACCCAUCACACCCCGAGGACUUCAUUGAGAGAUGGGUAAAAAUGCAGCUGGAGUGGAGUAAGAUCAUGACUGUGCUGAAUGUCAUCAUUAAGGACAACAACCUCAGGAGCACAAGCCCUGGAUUGAUGAUUUCCUACACUGGGCUGAAAGAAUAUUUCUGCACUUUCCACAUUCAGGAAUACGGCAUGACCAAUGUGGAGGAAACUCAGAUUUUCAUUCAUGAUGCUCUAUCGUCAAAGUACGAAAAUGGCUCCACUACUAUUCAAACAAGCAUCUUACAAAUCAAGCACAUAGAGCCAGAAAACUGUUUGGAAGAACCAACACCAACCGUCUAUGGGCUGUACUUCUGGCCAGAGACGUUCCCACAGCAGAUCCAAGAGAUGGGAUGUUACAAGCCAACAUCAGAGAGAGCCUACAGACUCUGUAAAUUACACAUUGAAAAUGACACGACCAGCUGGAUGGAUCCGGACAUGACAAACUGCGAACAGCUUGUGACCAUUUCAGACAUAGGAAACAUCACGGUCACGCCCGAUAAUGUGGCUGAUGUGGUGGAAAUAAUUUACGAUCUCGUCACCUCUCACUUGGACAAUGUUACCUCUCUGCCCUCCAUGGUGCUGGGCUCAGUGGUGGAGAAGCUCAGUGAGGUGGUUCAUGUGGGCAUCAUCAGGCCCGCCAUUGCCGCAAGAAUUGUCAACAUCGUCGCCAAUGUCCUGCUCUCUGAAUCUGAUGUUGCCUCGUUUUGCAACAAUUUCCUUGACCUGACGGAGAGUAUGGGGAACACGAUGGACUUUCAAGGUGAAUCUGCCACCAUAACAGCUCCUUCUCUGGCACUCUCUGUGGUCAAUGUGGAUCCAGAGGAAUUCAGGGGCCUCACCUUUGGUGCUUCUCUGGAAUCCACAAUGAACCCUGAGGUGUUUGUCAACCAGACCUUUGUGGGUGAACCCCUCCCUGAGACAAACGCCACCAUCUCUUUACCCCCUGAAAUCAACAACUUCUUCCCCCCUGGAGAGAGAAACACAACCCGUGUUCAGUUCCAGUUUUAUGGAACACAGAACCUUUUCCAGGACCCUGAAUUAACCAACCAAACUGGCAACUUGAUCCUAAAUUCCUAUGUAGUUUCGGCCAGUAUCAAUGACAGCUCUGUGGUGAACCUGAAGAACCCUGUGGUGGUGACUCUCAACCAUCAGGAACCAAAAAAGCCAGGAGACAUAGUCACAUGUGUGUUUUGGGAUUUCUACAAAAACGGAGGACUUGGUGGUUGGAACAGCAGCGGCUGUGAAACUCAGAGUAUUUCUUGCUAUCAGACCAGCUGCCUCUGCGACCAUCUCACCCAUUUUGCUAUCCUGAUGGAUGUAUCCAGAACUACUGUCAGCAAAAGCGACAGUGAGAUUAUGACAAUCAUCUCAUAUGUCGGCUGUGGCAUAUCCUCCAUCUUUCUGGGCAUCACUCUCCUCACAUACCUUAUUUUUGAGAAGCUACGGCAGGAUUAUCCAUCCAAGAUACUCAUGAACCUCGCUGCUGCCCUGCUGGGGCUGAGCAUGCUCUUCCUUCUUAACUCGUGGCUCUCAUCCUUCUCCAACUACGGCGUGUGCAUCACCACUGCUGCAGCCCUGCACUACUUCCUGUUGGCCUCCUUCACCUGGAUGGGUUUAGAGGCCGUGCACAUGUACUUUGCACUAGUCAAAGUGUUCAACACCUACGUGCCGUUUUAUAUCCUCAAAUUCUGCGCUGUGGGCUGGGGUAUUCCUUUAGUGAUAGUCAGCCUGGUACUGGCCAUAAAUAAAGAUGCUUACGGCAGCUAUGUGUCUGACGAAGCCGCAGUAGGACUUGGAUCUGCUGAGUCAUGCUGGCUGCGGGAUGACGUUUUCUUCUAUGUGACGGUGAUGGCGUACAUUCUUCUGAUCCUGCUGUGCAACAUCUUUGUGUUCAUUGUGGUUCUGAUCCAGAUCAAGCAAAUGAAGGCCAAUAAGAUCUCCUCAAAGGGUCGUAGUUCCCUGAAGGACCUGCGAGCAGCUGCUAGUCUCACUGUGUUGUUAGGCCUGACUUGGACAAUGGGGUUCUUUUCGAUUGGGCCCGGCAGAGUGGUUAUGAUGUAUAUGUACAUCAUCUGCAACUCUUUGCAAGGGUUGUUUGUGUUUUUGUUCCAUUGUCUGAUGAAGGAAAACGUGAGGAAACAGUGGAGAAUCCACUUGUGCUGUGGUCGUUUCAGACUCGGUGAUAACUCAGACUGGAGCCAAUCCGGCACAGCAGGUGGCUGCAAUAAAAAGAGUAACCUGGUUAACUCAGAUUCAGUUGAGUCUGACAAAAGCUCCUCCCUCAGGUCUCUGACUCCUCCCUAGGCUCACCAGCACCCCCUUGUGUUCAUUUUGCUGCUCUGAACAUGUCAUUUUAUGUUUUUUACUCAAUGAAAUCUCCAGUUUAUUUUUUUAUUUUACAAGUUGUUUAAGCUUAACAUAUCAAGAUGACACAACAGAGACAAAAAAGUUAUUUAAGAUAUAAGAUUCAUCUCCAUGGAGCUAAGUUGGGGCGAAUAUUAUUUAAAACCUAAAUAAAAC